AUGGACGUCAGCCUGUCCUGCCAGUCGGCCAUCAACCUCAUCUUUGGCCUGUCCAACUCGGAGUAUCUCCGGGCUUUUCCCGAUGCUCUUCAAUCUCUUCACGACCGGUUUCCCGGUGGGGCAGUGCGGUACUCUGAUACCGAGGAGGCUGAGAUGGAAGACACGAGAUUGAGAGAAGAGAAUAUUCGUCUCCACGCCGCGGUGUGGGUGCUGAGGGAUAACCAUGGUCUACAGGCUGACUCCACUCUGGCUGCCAUUUUCCGUUUGGAAGAAGCCAAAUUCAAGGAAAAAUUUCCCUUUGAUUACGAGAGUGGUGGCGUUGGUAGCCUCUGCUCCACGGGCUGCCCGGACUACCGCAACAACAACAAAACAGACAAGCGGACCAAACGUUGCCACGAGCGACCACCCGUACAGCUGAGCAAGGAGAGCGGAAAUAAAGCCGUGACCUCUACUUCCGGGUCACGGAGAAGCCGCUCGGCCUCUGCGAAGCAGUACACUGGCUACAAAACCUCCCAGCCUCUCCUGUUGCACCAGAGGCGCAGCAACAGCAUGUGGGGGAGAGAAGACUUCACGUCCAAUCGGACGCCGAGCUCGCCCUCUUGGCACCGCCCACUUUCCACUCCUGACCCGCCGAAGAAACGGGGCGAGGCCAGGACAGCCUGCGAGCCAAUCGCGAGACGCUUUGUGCAGGAGGGCUGGGCCUCGUCCUGCGACAACCCCAAAGAGGGCGGGUCUUUCAAGAUGCUGAAACGAUCUCCAAGUGCUGCUGGGAGGAUAGAAGGACAAAGCUGUGCUGAUGGUUGCGAAUUCACAAGCCGACAAAACCCAGCUUGGCUCAAGGCUAUGAACGAGCUACAGCACUGCUCGGCCAAACUGGGGUUAGAGAUUAACGGCCCGCACAAAGGUCGCUGGGGGUCAAGGUCAAGGGUCGCCAAAUGUGUCAGCUUUGCAGAACCUCUGACGGACUCUCACAGGCACCGACAGUCUUCUUUAGACGAUAUCUACUGCCGCCCGGAUCAGGUAAACUGUACCACGAGAGCCCCCUACUGUGGGUUUCCAAUCUGUAAACUUGUUGAGAGAUAA